AUGGAAAGUAACUCUCUGUACAAACCUGUGAUUCUGUCGCCGAAGCCGACGAGUUUGGAGUUCGCGGCUGAGGAGGAAAUGCCAGUUGGUGUGGACGCUAUUGUUGGUGUAUUGACGGCGUUGCCUAAACACGUGGAGCUUGUGGCUUGGCAGCUGCCUUUUCGUCUACGCGUGGGUUCAAAGUCUGGUUCACUCCCUAGUCGUAAAGUUGUGACGUAUGCGGCCACUUCGGCUGCGUGGUUCGCCUGUCACGCACAACAUGCUGGCCUUCUACCUAUGAUAGAUUGCCGGUUCAAAUCCGGGCAGCCGGUCCAGUCCGUGACAGUCAGGCCUGCCCAACGUCACAUGGUGGGCGAACGCCACGUCGUAGGUGAACACCACGUAGGUGGUGACCAUCACAUGGGCGCUGACCGUCCCGACCGCAUGGGGGACGAUCACCAGCAAGCGUCAAGCGACACCCAGGUAGGCGGCCCGGAGGCGGGUGGCGGCUUGACAGAGGCCUUUUACGCUGUUUUCGGGCGCUUGUGGCAGGCACUGGAGGAAUUGGAGGUUGACGUGUCGCGCAUGGUCUUGCGCACCGGCAUCGAAGGUCCACAUGCACGUCAGCUUCCACUCGCGAUCAAAGUGAUCGAGGAGGUAUUCCCUUCUACAUUGGCUGCGCUCUGUGUCAUGACCGAAGACCCAAGUCUUGUCGACUCGCAACUACCUGUCUACAUCACACGUGAUCGGAUCCAUCAUGCACAUCAUCCUGAUCCGCGCGAGGAACCGCUCGAUGAUGGCUCGAUUGAUCCGCUUGAACCCGCCUUAAGAACUCUCUGGUCGAGUCAACUACCCGACUACUCUUGUACUCCCGAAGCCAAUUCUAUUUUCGCUGCCGGUUGUUAG